CACUAUUUCAAUAAUUGCAAAGCUCUUAAAGAAGCAAUGGAAAGAAGACAUGCUAUGUGCAAUUUCCUCAGAGAUUUGAUGGCAUUGAUUUGCACGAUCUAUAUGCCAAUCACAAUAUUGUCUUCUUCGAUAUCAACAUGAAAGGUCAUGAUGGUAUUCAGGGUCCAGUCUAUGUGGGAACUGGUUGCUGUUUCAACAGGCAAGCUUUGUAUGUGCAUGGAAUUAUCGUUGCUGGUUAAUCUCAUACCUGACUAGCGAACAGCGGCUACUGCAGAAAAUUGCGGAGGACGAAAGUUACGCAGAAGAAACUGCAUCUUAUGGUCAUAAUGCUGAUAUUGUCCAAGUAGUGAAGGAUGAACUUGAUUGGAAUGAAACAUUGAUAAAGCGUUACGUCGGAAGAGAGAAAGUUAUUAGUGUCCAAGAAGAAGCAAAUCUCAAUGUUUGUAGACGAACAUCUACUGUCAGAACUUGUGCUCUCAUGCUCACCCAAAAGUGAACAAGCUUGGAGUCAUAGGUGAUGGGUGAUCAAGUCAAUCUCCGCAAACUGUUCAAAUUUCAAAGAGAUUUUAGGAAAAGAAUCUGAGCUGGUGGAAAAAAUAGAGAUCAAAGAUGAAUUAUCGUGCAUGGAAUCAUCGUUGCUGGUUAAUCUCAUACACGACUAACGAACAGGUGCUAUAUGAAAUGAAGCAAUACAGAAGUUGGGCUGCACUGCACGUUUCUGAUAAUUGUUGCUUUCAUUAUCGCAGUUGGCUACUGCAGAAAAUUGCGGAGGACCAAAGUUACGCAGAAGAAACUGCAUCUUAUGGUCAUAAUGCUGAUAUUGUCCAAGUAGUGAAGGACAAACUUGAUUGGAAUGAAACAUUGAUAAAGCGUUACUUCGGAAGAGAGAAUGCUAAAGCAGCUGAGUCUGAUGCGGCACAGACAUAUUCGGCGGUUGUUAAUUGGAAAAGUCUAACUCUGGGGCGAUUCAAAUGUAAUAUUGAUGCAUUCUUUGCGUUGCAUUUAAAUAGAGUUGGAAUUGGAAUAUGCAUCCAUGACGAACUUGGUCAAUUUGUGUUUUCAAAGACGAGAUGGAUUGCCCUUCUUUGUGGAGUGGAUGUUGGUGGACCUCUUGGUGAGUAUAUGUCCCUAAAAUGAUGGUAUGUCUGUUGACGUCCCUAAAAUCGAUGGUCUGGAUGCAAUUUCAAUGUGAAUGGUUAUCCAUAGCCACCAAUGUAAGUAGAGAAGACCCUUGACGCCUUAGAUGCAAAAUUGAAUAUAUGUCCCUCAAUGUCCGUAAAUUGAAUAUAUGUUCCUAUGGUCGGAAUGCAAUUUAAAUGUGAAUGCUUAAUCUUGAUUGUCCAACAAUGUGCUAAAUUGGUGAAUCUUGAUUAUGCAAACCUAAGAAAGAUAGUUUGGAAAGAAAUUGUAUAAUGGCUAAAAGAAUUCUUAAGACAAGGAUUCAGAUGAUGUGUUUGGAGAUGACCCCAUCGAGAUGAAUUUUUUACGAAAAAUGUGGUUUACAAUAUGAAUUCUUAUUUUAUGAUCUAAAUGCAAUUUGAAUAUGAUGGUAUUAUUCAUAACUUCAAAUGAAAGUCAAGAUCACCCUUGAUAAUGAGCUUUUGAUAACCACUUGUUGGCCUAAAUGCAAUUUAAUUAUUGAUGUUUAUUAAUAAUUUAAGAUGGUUGUAUGUUUAUUUUUCAUAAAUUCGGAUGAUGGUAGUGAACUAGUGUGCCUUGGCAACCUUAGAUGUAUAAAUUGAACAUAUGUCUUUGAUGACUUUGAAUGCAAAAAUUUGGUAUUUGAGCCUUCUUAGUCUUAAUUGGUGGCCUAAUUGCAAUUUUAUUAUAAAUUGUUUACUCAUAACUUUAAAUGUAAUUUGAGAUGACCCCUGUUUCAAACUUCUACCAUAGCUAAACAAAUGGUUUUAAAAAUAUAUGAUGUCUUUGUUAUAUUUGAUGUUCUCUUUCAUAACAACAUA